AUGGAUCGAAGCAAAUGUGCGCUACUUUGUUUACGAUUUCGAGACGAUUGUUGUGUCACUCAGCACACUAAUGGCCACACCGUCGACACAUCCAGCGGGCCGCCACACGAACCUAAUGUGAUGGCAAUUUAUGUGCAACAAUUGUGUGCGGGGAAGAAGAUGCCUGCAACACGUGUCAACGUACGAAACCAAGCCGAAGCUGAAGUCAUUCAUGAAGACAAUGCCAACGAACUUGGGGAGGUUCGAGCUGCAAUGGCCGCAAUUCGAGCAGUCAUGCAAGGAUAUGGAGGAGGCCGAGGCAUUCACGCAGCAAUGGCGGGGGUCCAGUGCACGGUAUGCGUCCAGGAGUUCACUGGACCCCAAGGAAACAGAGUUCCUAAACUAUUACUCUGUGGCCAUACGUUCUGCUCAAGAUGUAUCGCUAAUCUCACAGAGUGGAACUGUGCCAGAUGUCCUUCGUGA